AUGGAUUCACCUGGACGAGCAAAUCACAGCACAUCAAACAAUUCAAAAACAACAUCAUUAAAUAACAACAACGGAGGGCCUUUACGAAUAAGCGUUCAAAACCAAGGAUCUUCAAACAAUUUUUCUUCUCCUGUUAGUCCAUCAUCGGGAAACCUUGGAUCACCUUAUAAAAUGCAGAAAAAGUUUGAUUCAUAUGAAACAGCCCUUAACAGCAAAUUGAGACUGGAAACUCCACCAACCGAAGAGGAUUUAAAGUCAGAAAUACCCAGUCAAAAAAAGUAUGAUCAAAUAUUACAAAAUGUUGAGAAUGUUGUAAAACAACAAACAUCGUUUAUGAAUUCGGAUUCAAUCACUGGCAAUGUUGCUACAUCAAGGCCAGAAACUAAGUUGAAACAAAAAAAGAAAAAGAAAGGAAGUGCUCUGUAUAAUCCAACAGGGGCUAGUGAAACCAGUUAUAUGGAAUUGUAUAAUAAUUUAAGAGAAAAAUAUCAGACGCUACUUGCUGAAAAUCUAAGACAACAAGAAGUAUUCAAAUUGAGGCACGAUACAUUUUUGAAACGAGAGCAACAAUCUAAGGAAAUAGAAACUGAGCUACAUGAGAAAAUGAGAGAAUCCAUGAUUGCUAGGGGAGCUGCUGGGGAUCAUAUGCAACAUUUAGUAUUAAUGAAAGAAAAAAUUCAAGAAGGAGUAACUCUAAUGAGAUUGGAAACUCAAAGACUUUUGGAUGGAAAAGAAAAAGAAUUUGGAAGAAAAAUAGAGGAAAUGAUUAGGAGAUUCGACAGAGAUCUUGCUGAUGAAAAGAAAAUUAAUACGUCAGGAGAACGAGAGUGGAGGGAAAAGAGUAAAUCUUUGAAGAAAGAGUUGGAUAAUUCAACUGCUCAAGUCAUUAAGGUUGACCAACUCAAUCAUGAGCUGAUGAAGGAAAACCAAAAAUUAAAAAUUCAAUUUGCAGCCCAAGAAGAUGACAGAAACUAUCUAGCAAAACAUAUUGCAAAAACUAAAAGAGACAAUGAAAAGCUAAAAGAGGAAACCAAAAGACUUCAGGAAGAACUUCAAAGAUGCAAUAAUAUAAUUAAGGAAAUGCAACUUUUAAAACCAAUGAGCCCUACAACUCCAUCUUUUGCAAAUAACAAAUCUUCAAUAACCAGUCCUAGAGAUAGGGACUCUUCUUCAAUCUACACAGUGAAUCACUUAUCAAUUUUGGAACCAGAAGAAAAGGAAAGAAGAUUUUUAGAGGCAAAUAACAAACUAAAGAAACUUCUUGAUCAAGAAAGGAGAAACAUUAGGCAAAUUAGAGCUCAAAAUAUAAGAAUAUUAGAGGAAAGAACAGAAUUAGAAAUAUUCUUAAAGAGUUGUAUUGAAGAUGUAAAAGAAGAAGUGCGAAGAAUGAAGGGAGAAAAGGGAGAUAAUGAAUUCCAUAAAAGGGAUAGAAUGAGAGUGAUAGAGUUACUUCUUUCAAAAGAAAGAGUCAUCAAAAUACUGUAUGAAAGAAUGUUUGACAAACCACCAGAAAAAGAUUUUGAUGUAGAAAGUCAACACCAACAGUUUACAGAAUAA